UGUCAAUCCUUCGGAAUUAGUAGUCUCGAAUAUCUUGGCUUCGUCGUCAAGUUAUUGUAUGUCUCAGGGUACGACACCUAUUGCAGGUAUUAGUGGAGCUAAUAGCUCAUCUUUUUCUCAAUCGCUGGGUUCUUCUUCACUCGUCUAUAAAUAUAAAAUAGACCUUACUAGUAUUGGUGGCCCGUAUCUGCAUUUUUUUUCCAUUGCUCCUCCACCUCUAGUUCUACCUUCUCUUAGUGUAGAAGUAACACCUAGAUUUCAAUAGAUCAUGUCCUGCAAGGAGAAUGAAGCUCCCAAUGUGGAGAAUGGGAGUGAAGAUUCUUCUCCCUUGAAGCGCAUGGCAGCAUUGCUGGAGGAGAUGGGUGGACAACCCGACUUGAAGAAGGCGCUACUGGAGGUUGUGAAAAAUGGGAGUGGGACAUGUUCUGGUGGUGCUUCAAGUAGUGAAAAAAAUCCAGCAUCCAGCACGCAGUUAUCUGCAAAUGAGUUGAUGCCUCCAGCAGCUACGCAGGUGUCAGUGGAAGAAGUGUCAUCCAGUAAGGAAGUGGUAGAGGAGUCUAAGGAUGUGGUAAAGGAAGGCUCUGCUGCAGUUGGAGGAGCCGUAAUCGACGAAGAAGAGAAGCUUUACAUGGAAAAGGUUCGUCGCAUUGAUCCAGCAUGUGAUCCGCGAUGUCCGAUUAUGAAGGUAUAGGAAUUGCAUGAAUUGAUGAUGGUGUUUUCUUCUUUUGGAGAAUCUUAGUUUUGGGAGUUGAAGUAUUGAUGGUUCUUCCUUUCAUCCAACUUUACAGUUCUUGAUGACGAAAAUGGAUGAGUAUCGAGAUAUGAAGAUAGAGCAAGCGAUGCAGCCGAAUGAACUUGAUUUGGUGCAGUAUGCGAUCAAGAACAUGCAGCAUUUCGAAUUGAUUAUGGAUUUGUGUCACGAUCAGCAUGAUUUCAUGCCGAUGUGGAGAUACUACAUGACGAACGAUCGAAUUCAGUAAUUCUUACAACUUUUAUAUUUAUGAGUGUUUGUUUCUCUUGGUAAUUGAUCGAGCUUCUUCUUUAUCUUGAGUAAUUGUUUUAACAUGCACGGAUGGAUUGAUCUUCCUUGUAUACCUUAAACAGGGGCUUGAUCGAGAUGAACAAGCUGAAAGAUUGGGAUAUGAAGGUUAUCGAAAAAUUCAAAAAUGAUGAGGGGAAGGAAAACAAAAAGCGAUGGUUGGACUGGAUGCCAAGUGAGGUAUUGCUAUAGCAUUGCUUCUUUUAGGUACAAGGUAUUUUGUAAUGUGGUGGAUAUUGAAUAAGUUGUGAAUUUUUUUUAAUUUUCGUUCUUAUAGUUAUUCGGAGAAUAUUAGUCUCGUCAUAUCUUUUAUUUUUUCUUUUCAGCGUGCUUUCUUCGUGAAAUUGGAACUAUUGGCUCGGUUUGUGGAAGAAUAUGAAGAAGAAAUAUUAUCGAGGGUUCCAGCCGAAGGAGCAGCACAGACGACGUUCACGCAGAUUCUAUAUAUGUGCGUGAUCUUAUGGAGCAUGUAUUUGUUCAUCUGAUUUCUUCUGUGAGUAUGGAGCUUUCCUUUUUUUUUUUUUCUAAUCAUUGGUGGGAAACCAACAUUCAACGAUGGACAUCGUGCGCAGUGUCGAACUCUUUUGAAUCGGUGCAAGCUUAGCUGGACGCUAUUGGGGUAUCGGGUGAUGAAGCUGUUGGGGAAGAUGGAUAAGAAACAGGUCUUCAUGGCGUACCAUCAAGUGAAGUGGUAUUAUUUUCUUUUUCAUCAUCUUGAUCCAGGAAUUACGAAUCAUGUAUGAAAAAGAAGCUUUAGAAAUAUUUGAGAUUGUCCUUUAAUCAUGAUUGCAGGGGCAACCGGAACUAGAUGAUGGAGCUUGAUGGAUAUUUGGUAUGAGGAAUGGUUGCUCGGGUGAACGUGAAGGAAGGAGUUCGCGGAUGGAGAUCGUGAUGUGGAGUGGUGUUUUUUUGUGGACGUGAAAGCAGAAGUUGAGCCUGAACUCGAGGACAGUGAAUUUUUUAUAGUAUUCGAAAUAUUAUGUAUGUAGGAUUAUGAUGGAGCUCUUCAAUCUCUGAUUGGUAGGUGUUAUUUCCUAUAUCAGAUGAAUGCAUUAUGAAGGUAUGAUACUGGUAUGAGCCGAAGAUUAGUAGGUGCUAUUUCCUAUAUCGGAGGACUUGUUCCUUAAUGUAUCAUAGGAGUGAUAAGAAUACUGAUAUUCUACUAAUGUCAGAAGCUAUGUUGAAUAUAAUUCAGAAUAAGUCGUGUCUAUCUCUUUUCAGUAUGGAUGUAUUCUCGAGUCUUCAUUUUGAGAGCUUUUCUGGAAGAAGUAAUAAUUAAUCUGAUUGAAGAAUGUAGUUCGAGAUUGAUGAGGAAGGCAUGAGAUGGUAGUUGAGUAUACUGAAUGAGAGUGCGUUUUUAUGGAUUGAGUGAUCGAUCAAUGAGAAACUUGUGAGAAUAAUUAAUAAGUUUUCGUCUGGAAUUGAUGGAUCUCUUUGAGACGUGAGAAAUUCUAUCUGUUGCGAGUCGUUGUUUUGUUGAGGCCAAUCGAGUAAAAGUCUGACUCCGUAUCUGAGAGUGAAUUGAUUUUACUAUAGGUAGAGUAGCUUUAUAUUCUUUGAUCAUGGGAGGACUGUAGUUCUUUCUAAUGACCAGGAACGAUUAUUCAAAUAAUUCCACUUUUUGUAAUCCCCUCAAGAAUUUUUUAUUAUUUCAAUACUAUCACCUUUCCCCAAGAUUUCAUCAUUAUUAUUGAUUGCGAGAAGAAUUCCAAUCUUCUUAAUUACUUCAUUCUUUUCUCAUCGAUUGUUCAUCUUUUGUGUUGAGUGUUUUGUUCUUGGAUAUCUUGGUUGUGACCAUUGCAAGAUUGUACAUGUAAAUUGAUCUUCUACAUGGAUGAAAAGUUUGAUCAUUGAUUUCCUAUCGAGUUCUGGCAUCUUGUAUUUUUGAAACCAUCGCUCAGAAUUCAUUUGAAGGAUUGAGUCCUUCAAAAGGGAAAAACUUAUGUGCAUGCGCUGAAGCUUUCGGAAGAAUGUUCCUUGGUCCUAACAUAAGAGCUAAGCACUUCGGGAGGAAGUAUUGCUUUCCGGUGUAUGAUAUGAAUGCUAUGAAUCAUUGGAGUAUUGAAACUUUGAAAAAGCAUAGGGAAAAGUGUAGGGUGAGGCUGAGGAAGUUGGUGGAUGAUUUUGUAGCAAUGGGGGGGGAUAUUGCGGAAAUGCCAGAAGUCCCGGAGGUGUGGGAGAGUGGGGAAGAAGGGGAUGGUGUUGAUGGGAUGGAGGAGGUGCCGGAUGAUAGGAAGAGACUAGAGCAAGAGAGGAAGAAGCUGAAGAGGAUGAAGCUAGAACUAAUAAAGGAGAGCUCCGCGAGUGCCUACUAUAAUCGGAAGCGGCAGAGAGUUAGUUCCAGGGGUGGGGUGCAGAAUGGUGCGAGGAUUAGGGUGGAGGAGAAACUUGCCGCGGAUAUAAUAAAGAUCAAUAGGCUGGGACUAGUGCCAUGGACUCCACAUAAGAUCCAGGCCGAAUUCAUCGAAAGGAUGAUAGCCGAAGGGUGUGCGGACUACUAUGGUGUGAAGCAUGGCGUGGGCCACAAGCAUACAGAUAAAUGGCAUAGAUCUUUUCGAGAUCGGCACGACUUGAAGAGGAUUUCGAAUAUUCACGUGGGGACGGUGCGAUCCGAUGAAGAAGUGAGGCGAGAGAUAUUCUACACUUGGGGGAGGUGGAUCCGGUUCCUGGAGUUGGUACGAUUGAAGUGCCUGCAGGUGGAGAGAGAAACCGGCAAGAAGGCGAUCGUUAUCAGAUGCAACAUGGACGAGACGUAUGGACCAGCAUGCUCGUGAUUAUUUCCUUCGGGUGGGUCUGGUUGUCUCAUUGAAUACGAGACCAGUCCCGAGGCAUAAUAAUACCGAGGAAGUUGAAUCUUCUAAAGUUUUUUCCUUCGUUCACACUCCGAGGCUAGGGCAGUGGUUGUGCCGAAAAAUGAACCCAAGAGAGUGAACAGGAGCUGGCAUGGCGCGAAGAAGACUACCACUAUGGCCAUGGGCGAUCUCUAAGAAAGUCCGAGCUUUCUCCUAAAUUUGGAGGGAUGGGAGAAUGGUUCGCAGGUGAUUAGUUAGAGAUCGCCCGCUUCUAAGUGCUAGGAAGGAGCUACUGGAGUAUUUUUGAUUACUGACUCGCCACUCGUGAACUUCAAGCCGACGAUCAUCUUCCCCAAGAUCCGACCAAGCAGAGAGAUCAAAAGGAAGGUAGUUGAAGUUUGGGAUGGAUGUGCGUACAUCAAUACGGAAGGAAACUCGACCGGAAAGCACACCGUGGAUGGGAUGAUGAUGCAGCAAAUUGCGGAGAGAAUUGUCUCAGAGAAAAAGGAGUGGGAGAAGAAAUUACGGAGGAGCAUGGUGCUCAUUUGGAUCAUGGACCCACUUGGUGCCCACCAGAUGGAUGAUGAUUAUAGGGAAAGCAUUCUCGAGGAUGAGAAUCUUAUCCUUCCGUUCUUAAUACAACCAGAAACAGGGAGCAAGUAUGGCGCUCACUUUCUAGCUCGUUCGCGUUGCUACUUUUCUGAAGGAAAGAGCAACAGGCGGCGAGUAGAUAGCGAGGAGGGUGGACCUCUAAUGUAUAAUCCAGCCACUCGAUACGGAGGGAGUUUUGUCAUCGAUUAAAGAAGGACAAAGUCAGCACCAAGAAGAGUACUACAGUCUUCUGAAUCCUCUAUUCAGGGACUUCGUAUGUCGGAAAUUGAAACAGUUUUCGAACGAGGACAAGUUUGAUAAAGUUGGGUUUGUCUUGCGAGCGGAUGGGUUUGGGCCUUUACAGUCGGAGCUGCAAAAGUUUCUUGCAGGGGUACAGGACUAAGAGAGGAAUCUUCGGGGAAGGAUUGGGAGAGAGGUGAUAGGUUGGAGGGAUUUUGAAUGUUAGGACCAAGGGACAUCGUCUGAAAGGUGCAGUCUUUAUAUACUGUUCCGAGGAUGUCUGGGAAAGAAGUGAAAGGACUCGGAUCGGAGAAGAUGGAGAAGAAGGGAUCCGGGAAAAGAGCAAAGGGUUCGGCUGGUGAUAAAUUGGAGAAACCGAACGCAAAGCGGAGCAUUGUGGUGGUGGAGGAUGAAAUCCGUAAGAAUCUUUUGGAGGAUGAAAAGGAUCAGAGUGGGCUGCUGGAGGC